AUGCGAUAUGUAUGUGAAACUCUUCAUUAUAUUUGGUUCGUCGCGUUCGUUUGGCUCUAUCUGUAUGAGGAAUUUGAUUGGAAGCAAGAAGAAAUUGUAGAUUUUCACAAAUACGUCGUUUCUCCCUUGUUCCUCGUUACCUUGUUACUGUCUUUUUUGUCACGACAUUGCCACGUCUGAAAUAUACUUCUAGUGAACGAAUGGUUCGCAAGGCUUACUGGACACUUUUCCUCAUCCUUUAUUUAAUCAUGUAAACAUAUUGCCAUUUUUUUGCGUUCAACUGGAUGCUAAACUGUAACUCACUCUUCUUUCAACGCACCUAAUAUUUUAAUUUCAGUGAUUAUUAAUUUGACCGGAUCUGUCGCAUCAUCUAGAUUGACGUACAUCAUUUUUAAACCCACAAUGAAAGUGGAGUUGUAUAGGAAAAGCUUUUAAACCAAACGAAUUUUCUAGAACUUGAUAUUAAUCAGUAAAUCACAAAUUUAUAAAAUCAUUUAAAACAUUCCUGUUUCAGGGGCUUGCAAACGGAUAAGUGGAUUACGUUAUCCUCGAAUGCACGUUUCAAUGCACUUAUCAGACAAAUCA